AACUUUGCCAGACGCACUGGAGCGCGCCCCGCCCCUCGCGGCCCCGCAGCUCCAGUCCCGCAGGCCGGAGAGACCCUGCGGCGGAAGAGCCUACCAGCCCCGGGGGCGCAGGAAAGGGGUGGGGGGCGCGCGCGCCCUUGCAAGCAGAGGGCCACGGGCACGCAGUUUUCCGACCUCACCUCCCAGGUCCUGCAGACUGCGCCCGCCGGAACCCCGCGGCACCUGCUGCGCCCUCCUCCCGCUGCUCCCUGGUCUCCAGCCUCUGGGCCUCGGAAAACUACACGCUCUCUCUACCCCUCUAGGCGUCCCAGUCCCGGGGACGCGCGGAGGCGGGAGGAGAGGGCGAGCGGAAGGGGGUGGGACGUGAAAAGACUGUCCCAGCCUUCCCCGCUCACCACCCCCACCCCAACUCGGCAGCCGUCACGUGGUGCCUGGAGUGGGAGGUGGGGAGAAGACAGGAGACUUUUUUGGGUGCUCGGGAUCGCCAGUAGUUCUUUCAUUCUCCGUCGCCAACUCCAGAGACUCCGUGCUCCGCCAGGGAGCUUGAGUCAGAGGAGCGGCGACCCCUCAGCCCGGAGCCACGGCUCGGGCGAUGCGGGCGCCGCCGGCGGCACCUGCGGCUCCUCUCGGCGGCAGCAGAGCGGGCCCCAUCAGCCUCGGCAGCCACAGCCGCUGCGGCCCGGACAGCCUCCGCCGCGGUCGCAGCUUCUGAUGCGCCUGCUCGCUCCCGGCCCCGCGGCUCCGGGAGGAUGUGGGUCCUCGGCGUCGCAGCAACUUUUUGCGGAUUGUUCUUGCUUCAAGGCUUUGCGUUGCAAAUUCAGUGUUACCAGUGUGAAGAAUUCCAACUGAAUAACGACUGCUCGUCCCCCGAGUUCAUCGUGAAUUGCACGGUGAACGUUCAAGACAUGUGUCAGAAAGAAGUGAUGGAGCAAAGCGCAGGAGGAUUUAUGCUGACACACAUCUCCCAGGACUGCUGCUCCCAGUGCUCCUCUCCUCGUGGUGGGCCACUGCCAACCCAUGCCCCUGCAGGAGAUGCUCAAACACUCACAGGAAUCAUGUACCGCAAGUCGUGUGCAUCGUCGGCAGCCUGCCUCAUCGCCUCGGCUGGGUACCAAUCCUUCUGCUCCCCAGGGAAACUGAACUCGGUGUGCAUCAGCUGCUGCAACACCCCUCUUUGCAACGGGCCCCGGCCCAAGAAAAGGAGCAGUUCUGCCAUGGCCCUCCGGCCAUGGCUCCCCAGCACCAUCUUGCUCCUCAAGAUAGCCCUUUUCUUGGCACACUGCUGAAGGCGGAAGGAAAUGUCAGCCCCUCCUGCAUUGUUCUUCUGGCCUGCCCUCCCCCCUGCUCCCCGAGAUUCUUCUGGGUGUCCUUUUAUUCUGGGAAGGGAGGGGAAUUGUUCUUUUAGUUCCUUUGGAAACAAAGAAAGAGCUCAGUGUAAAAAAAAAAAAAAAAAAAAAUCUUUGUGAGCUCUGAAUAUAUAGAGCUUGAAUUUUCAGUGUGUCCUUAAAGGAAGGAGGGAGGUGGAAUGCAAGUUGGCCCCAUCUGUAAUCAGAGUUGAGGCCAGGCUGGCAAAAUCAGCCCUUAGCUGACACUUCGGUGGCUGGCUGCUUUCUUCCCAGGCCCGUCUUCCACUCCUGUCCCUGAUGGGAACCCAGUUUCUUAUAUCACUGCUGUGUGAAGGUAACAUGGCUUUCAUGUAAGGAGUGCCGCUUAGCAGUCCAGCCUGCCUUCCUCAGCAGUCACACUUCGUGCUCCUGAAAACCAUUCCUGGUGGCAGGGUUGGCUGGUUUCCUCUCUGAGUUGGGUUCUGGUGACUCACAACUCAGGUCCUGAGGUUUAGACUCGGGCUUGGCCUCGCUGUGAAAAGUGCUUAAGAAAACCAUCUUAGCUCUUGCAGAGGAACUGCUGCGCUGGGAAGCCGGGAAGAUGAGAGGGCGGUGCGCAGAGCGGGCGCUGU